GGGCCCCGCGCUCAUGGCGCUGCCCGGCUCGGGGGUGCAGUUCCGGAGGAUCCUGGCUCACUUCCCUCAGGAGCUCAGCCUGGCCUUCGCCUAUGGGUCCGGGGUCUUCCGGCAGGCGGGGGCCGCCCCCAGCCAGAGCGUGCACAAUAUGCUGGACUUCGUGUUUGCUGUAGAUGAUUCUGUGACUUGGCAUAUGAUGAACCUGUUAAAGAAUAGGAGACAUUAUUCCUUCCUAAAACUUUUUGGGCCAAAGCAAAUCAGUAAUAUACAGAGCUGUGGAGCAGGGAUUUACUACAAUACUUUAGUGCAAUGUAAUGGUAGGAUGAUAAAAUAUGGCGUAAUUGGCACCGAUGCCCUGAUUGAAGAUCUGUUUCACUGGAAAACUCUCUAUGUUGCCGGACGUCUGCAAAAGCCGGUGAAAAUACUGACACAGAAUGAAAAUGGCAAGCUGCAGGCUGCCCUACUUAGCAAUCUGAAGAGUGCAGUCACAGCAGCCUUUCUCAUGUUGCCAGAAAGUUUCUCUGAAGAAGACCUCUAUAUGCAGAUUGCAGGACUCUCCUACUGUGGUGAUUUCAGAAUGAUAAUUGGAGAAGACAGGUCAAAGGUGCUAAACAUAGUGAAACCGAAUGUGCCCCAUUUUCAGAAGCUCUACAGUAACAUAUUACAGGAGUGCCCUCAAGUGGUGUAUAAGCACCAGCUGGGCAGGCUAGAGAUCGAUAAAAGUCCAGAAGGUCAAUUCAUGCAGCUAAUGGCUUUGCCGAGGACUCUUCAACAAAAGAUAACUUCUUUUGUGGACCCUCCUGGGAAGAACAGAGAUGUGGAAGAGGUUUUACUGAAAGUGGCCCAUGACCCUGACUGUGGAUUAGUGGUACAUCAGGGCAUUUCAGGAAUUGUGAGAUCUUCCAGUCUAAUACAGAGUUCUAAAACCGUACUAACAGCUGGGUUCAAGAAAUCAGUGACUUACAGUAUGAGGAAAAUGUAUAAAAUGACAAAAGGAUGGCUAAGGAAGACUUCCUGAUGUCCAAGUUGUGUACAUACUAUGUAUAGGUAAAUAAACAGACCUCUUUUUCUCUGCAAAUAUUGUGCAAUUGGUACCUGUUGCUUUACCUAUCUAUGUAAACUGUAGAUAGGUAGCAAUAAUUAUACUAUGUAUAUACAAAUACUUUCUCACAUGGGGUGCGGACCUCAUUGGGUGCAGAUAAUUUGCUAAAGGCUGAGGGAAUUCAUUUGCAAGUAUACUUAAGGUUUUCCUGUGUAUAUUAGAGAUUUGACUCUGAAAUACAUUUGCCAGAAAUGCUUGUUUGCACAUCU